ACUGGAAGAGCGGGCGGAAGUACGCGGUGAGCGAGGGAAGACGCCUCCACCCUCUCUGCCGCAAGAAGUGACGUCAUCGCGUGGGAGGAAAAUGGCGAGAAGAGAGGGCCUGAGAAUGCCUCCACUCUGACCGGGCGUGAGAAAUGGCCGGAAGUACCUUCGAUUCCCUCAUUCAAGCAGUAGAGGCUCUGGAGAAAAACGAGAGCAUCUACUUAAAGGGUCGCCCAAGGGAUUUCCUCCCACAUUGGAUCACGAUGGAACUGCACAGAAAGUCCAUGCUCAGUUUCUUCCAUGGUUACAGAACACAGGCCCCAGACCAGGAAGGCAUCUUGCUAAAGAAGGGGACCCGAAACCUCAGCUACCAGCGCCGAUGGUUCAUCCUCCAAGGAAACCUCCUCUUCUACCUAGAACACCAGACCGAUCAUGCACCCCUGGGCCUCAUCCCGUUGGAGAACUGCCAGGUGGAGCUACACCUUAAGGCCACAGAACCCUAUGCCUUUACCAUCCUGACUCCUGGGGUGGGCGGGCCUUCAAGCUGGCUGCAGAAACCCAGGAAAAGCUGGAGACUUGGCUGUGGGCACUGGCUGGUGUGAGCUGGAGGUGGCUGGUUGGGCUGCUGCCCCCACUCAAGACCUAAUACCGGGAGCUGUGCCAGGCAGCUGGCCAAGAACCCAUCUCAUCCCCAGAGGACAGUGGCUUUCUAGCCACCAUGAGUACCCGCUCCAGCUUCCAGGAGUUGCAGAUCUGGGUGCUGCAGGUGGUACAUAGAGAGCUCCAGGCAGCCAGUGACGAUGGAGACAGCACAUCCCAGGCAAAGCUGGAGUGGGAGCUCAACCAGUGUCUGAUGAGUGACUUGAGAGAUGGACCCAAAGCCAAGAGAUACCUACUUGCCAAGACAGCAGACUGCUUCAACAGAGACCCAGGUCCUGGCUCCGUCUCUCCCUCCCUCCCUCAUCCUUACCCUACCCCAACCCCCAUCAAGUAACAAGGCAGGAGACAGACCCA